AAAUAACAAAUCCACCACCCUCUCUCUCUUUCUCUCUCUCUCUCUCUCUCAUUUUAUUUGUCAGAAAAAAUGAAACUCAGAAAUCUGAACGAGACCACUAUCUCUGUACUCUGUGUGUCGCUAAGGUAGUAGGAAGGGCGAGUUACUGAGUGAGCCGAGCCGAGCCGAGCCGCAUUGAGCUUAGCUACCUGCCUAAGUAGCCAUGGCUGCAGCGCUGGAGUGCUGGUCGAGCCGAGCGAGUACGGAUGAGGACAUGGUGGAGCAGGUAUUGAUGCGGACGCAGGACAGAUCGGAGGGGGCGACGUCGGCGCCGGAGAGCUCGGCCGGUGCCGGAGUGAAGGAGUCGUCGGCGAUGCAGAAGAGGCUGCAAAAGCUGAGCCGGAACGUGUCCGAGGCUAUAGCGUCGCUCAAGAACUCGCUGAAUCUCGACUCGACAAGUGACUCGGCGACGGCGCCGUUUAACAAAAUCGAGAGCUCUAGGAAGUUAGUGUGGGGUAGUGUUGUUCGGAACCUCACGCAGCUCUACCCUGGCAGUCAGCUCCCGGAGAAGCUCGUCUCCAACAUUCGCAAGCAUUACGAUUCUUUGCCCCUCAGUUAUGCUCAGGCGGGAUUCGAGAUGAAAGAAGUGUUUCUUCAUAUAAAAUUGAUAGAGCAGGCAUCAGUGGAGGGCCAUCCUGCCAUGUUGAUUCAAGAGGUGUCUGAAAAUGAGACUCAGGGCUCUGUAUUCAAGCUCACAUUUGCUUGUAAUUCUUCGAUUUCAUGGCCGGUGAUGUCCAGUGCACUUGAUAGUGAGUCGAUUUGCUACAAGAAGAUACAGAUCUUUGAGAAGAAAGGGUGUACGAUUGGAGUUGUUCUUCUUCUGGUCGAAGGCGGGGAAGAGAAGUUGUUCAGAAAUCGGAUUGAAAUUGCUUUGAAGUCAGCCAUAAAGAAGCCCAAACCUAGCACAGUGAAGCUCCCAUUUGGACUAUGUGGUUGUCAAGAAGAGAAUACUAAGGGGAGAGAGGUGGGAGAUAUUGAAGAGGACAUUGGUGAGCAAAAUUAUAGGAACGGAGUUGAUAUUUCUAGCCAAAAGAUUCAGCUUCCCAACCCUCUACCCACUUCGUCAUUCGUUGUAUCCGUAGAUGAAUGGCAGACAAUACAAUCUGGUGGGGAUGAGAUGGGGAAGUGGCUGUUGAACUCUGAUAAUCUUGACUUUGUUGAUCAGAUUGGACCCACUUCAUAUAAGGGAGUUUACAAGGGGAAAAAGGUUGGAAUUGAGAAGCUUAAAGGGUGUGACAAGGGAAAUUCUUAUGACUUUGAGCUCCGAAGAGAUCUUUUGGAGCUCAUGUCAUGUGGGAACAAGAACAUUCUGCAGUUUUCUGGCGUUUGCAUUGAUGAAAAUCAUGGGUUGUGCGUUGUGACAAAGUUGAUGGAAGGUGGAUCAGUAUAUGACAUGAUGCUUAAAAGCAAGAAGCUUCAGGUUAAGGACAUAUUAAGGAUUGCGGUUGAUGUAGCAGAGGGGAUCAAGUUCAUGAAUGACCACGGCGUUGCAUAUAGAGACCUCAAUACACAGCGUAUCUUAUUAGAUCGACACGGGAAUGCUUGCUUAGGUGACAUGGGUAUAGUAGCUGCUUGCAAAAGUGUUGGUGAGGCUACGGAGUAUGAGACUGAUGGAUACAGGUGGCUAGCUCCUGAGAUCAUUGCUGGUGAUCCAGAGAGUGUUAGUGAGACAUGGAUGAGUAAUGUGUAUAGUUUUGGGAUGGUAAUUUGGGAGAUGGUGACUGGUGAGGCAGCCUAUGCCACAUGUUCACCGGUCCAAGCAGCCGUUGGCAUUGCCGCUUGUGGCCUUAGACCUGAUAUCCCAAAGGACUGUCCACAACUGCUGAAGUCCUUGAUGACCAAGUGCUGGAACAAUAGCCCAUCAAAGCGCCCUCAAUUCUCUGAAAUUUUAUCGACACUGCUGCGAACCAACAACAACAGUAAUAGGUGAGCAUCCUCGGCUACUUCUAGUAUAUCAAUACUACUCUUGUAAAAGUUAAAACUACCCCUACUUAGGGAAGUAAUCCACGAGCAAUGUAGAUGCAGAAAAGCUUAAUUGUGUGGCUGAAAUGAAGAAAAGUCUUCUUUCAUCUUACAACGGCAAGAGAUCUCUCUCUGAUUCUAUAAAAGAAAAGAAAAAAAGGAAAAAAAAUUGUAUA